AUGGCAAAUAAGCAGCCUUUAAAGACGACGUUUGACGUAGAGCACGUCAUUCGUCCUAUAUUCACGGGAGGAUCAGUCUCGAUCGACAAUGACGCCCGAAUUCUAGCGACAGUCCUUGGUGAGGAUGUGGUUCUCACUGAUCCUACCAACGGCAAGCACUUGGCUCAAAUUGAGGGGGACGGAGAGCUCAUUUCUACAUUAACUUUGACACCCUCUGGAUCGCAUCUCAUUAUCUGCUCACGUUCGUUAUCUAUGAGAAUCUAUUAUUUGAAGAGAUCUGAGGACGACGAAACCAUCGAGGCUACUGCUACUAGAUCAGUCAAGGCUCACUCAACCCCGGUUAAUGUACUUACAGUUGAUCGAACCAGCACGUUGCUGGCCACUGGAGGUACCGAUGGCGCUGUCAAGGUCUGGGACAUUGUCGGCGGUUAUGUCACCCAUACUUUCCGUGGAUCUUCAGUUCUUGUGUCAUCACUACGAUUCUUUGAGGCUGCCUCUCGUUCAAAUGAGACUCAAUCACGAAAGGGUAAAAAGUCCAAGCGUCAGGAGGAGUCCGACGAAGAAGAAGAGAGCUCAACCACUAUCAACUUCCGCCUUGCAUGCGGCCAGCAAGACGGCAAGGUCCGUGUGUGGGAUUUGCACAAGCGCAACUGUGUAGCCAACCUAGAUUCCCACGUCUCAGAUGUGCAAGGACUCGACUACUCUCCUGAACAACAUGCUUUAGUCACCGCUGGCAGAGACAAGACCAUAACAUGGUGGGAUGCAAAGUCCUGGAAGAUUCGCAAAGUUGUGCCUUGUCUAGAGUUGGUGGAAGCGGCUGGCUUCAUUGACGAUGGAAACUUGACCUACUCUGCCGGUGCUAAUGGUUCUCUUCGCAUUUGGGACACGGAUACUGGCAAGGAAGUCACUCCCCAACAACCUGCAAAGAGCGAGGAGGAGGGUAUUGUGUCUGCAAUUUAUCGCCCCGGGCUACCCUUUAUCCUACUUGUUCAAGUAGACCACACUCUCGCACUCUACAAGCCACCCCAAAAAGCAGACGCCGCCUCCUUGUCGGCACCCGAGCCCUUCCGAAGAAUAUCUGGUACACACGACGACAUUAUCGACUUGGGUUACCUGCUUCCCGACCGUUCGAUGGUUGCGUUGGCUACAAAUUCCGAGGAUGUCAGGAUCGUGUCUGUUGUAGAGACACAGGACCAAGACGAUGGAGGCAAUUCCGGGUCAAGCCCCUACUUCGGCCAAGAUGUUGCUCUCCUGAAGGGCCACGACGAGAUCGUCAUUUCAUUGGAUAUUGACUGGUCAGGUCAUUGGAUAGCGACAGGUGCGAAGGACAACACCGCUAGGCUUUGGCGCAUUGAUCCUGCAAACAACUCUUACACCUGCUGGGCUGUCUUUUCUGGUCAUGCUGAAUCUUUAGGUGCUGUUGCGCUCCCCAAGAGUGUUCCUCCUGAAUCAUCAGCAGCCAGAACCGAUCCCCUCAGCCACCCCCCUGCGUUCCUCAUCACCGGUUCGCAGGAUCAGACCGUCAAGAAAUGGGAAAUCCCCCGUACAGCCCAACAACAAGGCCACAAGAACAGUGCCCGCGCUAUCUUUACCCGAAAAGCCCACGAAAAGGACAUCAAUGCCAUCAAUGUUCACCAUUCGAACCAGCUCUUCGCGUCUGCGUCACAAGAUAAGACGGUCAAGAUUUGGUCUGCAGAGGAAGGUGAAGUCCAGGGCAUUCUGCGUGGACACAAGCGUGGUGUCUGGUCCGUACAAUUCUCUCCUGCUCAGAUGCCGGCUAUUCAGGGCGAAGAUGGGCCUGUCACUGGAAAGGGUGUGAUUCUUACUGGCAGUGGUGACAAGACUAUCAAGCUCUGGAAUCUCGCCAGUUAUACUUGUGUAAGGACUUUUGAAGGUCAUUCCAACAGUAUUUUGAAGGUUGCGUGGUUGAACAUGCCUACCAGCCAGGAACAGUCCAAGAAACGAGUCCAUUUCGCCAGUGCCGGUGGCGAUGGUCUCGUAAAGGUUUGGGAUGCAAACUCGGGAGAAACCGAAUGCACUCUUGACAACCACGAGGACCGUGUUUGGGUUGUGGCUGUUCACCCUGAAAACAACACUAUCGUGUCUGGUAGCGGUGACUCUACUGUCACUUUCUGGAAAGAUACGUCGUCCGAGACUCAAGCUGCAGCGUCUCAAGCCGCACUCAAGGUGAUUGAGCAGGAGCAGGAGCUUGAGAACCACAUCCAUGCCGGUUCAUUCCGCGAGGCUAUCACGCUCGCAUUGCAGCUCAACCAUCCUGGAAGACUGCUCAGCCUGUUCAAUUCAGUCAUGACAACAGAAAAGCCUGACAAGGGUAGCCUGAGUGGCUUGAGAGCUGUGGAUGAGGUACUAGGCAGUUUGUCUGACGAGCAGAUCUUCUUGCUUCUUCUGAGACUGCGGGAUUGGAACACAAACGCACGUACCGCUCCUGUGGCGCAGAGGAUUCUGUGGACGUUGAUCCGAAGCUACCCUGCUUCCAAGUUCUCAAACCUGUCAGUUAAGGGAGCCAAGGGACAGAAGAGCUUGAAGGAUGUGCUUCACGCCAUUCAAGUGUACACCGAGAGACAUUACAAGCGAACAGAGGAGUUGGUUGACGAGAGUUAUCUGGUGGAAUAUACCCUGCAGGAGAUGGACGAUCUCGCGCCCAUGCUGGAAGAUGAGAAUGGUCUGCUACAAGACGGCAGUGAAGAUGUUGUCAUGGCUGGUUAA